GGUAAGAUGGACCGCACUGAACCCCCUGAGAAAAGGAGACGAAAACUCAGCGAUGACAACUGUGUGAUAUGUCGUCGCGCCUUGGAUACAGACAGUCCGUUUGUAAAAAACCCAACACUGGAUGGAAUCAAAGCGGUUAUUCAUGCUGCAGAAAUUCGUCAAGAUGAUGUACACGAACGGCUAGCUGUGCUCAAAUAUGACAUUUUAAACCAAAAUGUUACAGUUAGAUACCACACGAAAUGCCGAGCUCGCUAUACAACUGCAAGUAAUCUAAAGUACUUACAAAAUGUGCCUGCUAGUGCAACCGUGGGUACAGCAGCUAGUGACAUUGCUGAGAGUGGACCAACUCGGCUUCGGCGAACUGAAACGUCUACAUUUAACAUAAGAACAGCCUGUUUCAUCUGUGGGACAUCAAACACUAAGAAAGAAAAGCUGACUAACAUUACUACUGGCACUGGGGCAUCAACCCAUGAUCGUAUAAUCGCAGCAUCUUUGGAAAGACUAGAUGACAUGAUUCACAUGCGGAUGCUGUCAUAUCAGGACUUGUUCGCUUAUGAUGCGAAAUACCACAGGUCAUGCUACAGUCGAUACGUUUCACCAAGAAAUAUCAAGGCUGAACGAGCCAAGGCAGAAAGACAGAAGUCCCUGAAUGAUUACGACAAGGCUUUUCUCUGCUUGAGUGAAGAAAUCGAAAGUACCGUACUCUCAAGUACCAGAAAGCUUGUCACCUUGUCCUCCCUACAUGAACGAUUCAUUGAGAUAAUCAAUGAAGGCAGAGAGUCAGGCAUAGAGUCCGGUGACUAUCCCUCAUGGAAGCUUAAAGAGAAGCUGAAGAAACAUUUUGAUGUUAAACUAUUGUUCAUAGCCCAAGCAGGCAAGUCCGAUCUUGUUUGUUCCAGAGAGGUGAGUGUUGGUGAUGCACUGAAGAAAGUUGCUGCACUGAACAUCGAAAUCAAUGAAUCCGGUAAAUGUGAAUUUACCAGUGAAGAUGGAAGUGAUGUGGAUCCGGAUAGUGUCGUCCUUCAUCGAGCUGCUGGUAUCAUUCGCAGUGCAAUGUCAGGGAUAACCUUUCAAACUAGCCACUAUGCUCCAAGCGGAGACUUGAAUGUACGACAAUGUAAGAACUUUGUUCCAGAGACAUUGUACGAUUUCAUAGCAUGGUGCACCUCGAAGGAAUCCUUUGACAAUGUUAGACACUGUGACUCAAGUGAUGCUGACAUGAGAGUGCUUGGUAUCUGUCACAGUAUCAUCUCUCGGUCCUGUAAGACGCAAACACCCAUUACAUUUGGCCUUGGUGUUCAGAUUGCAGCCAUGGAACCGAUGGGAAAAUCCUUGGACACUGCGCAGUACAAGGAACAACAACUCCAAGGCUACCGCAAGCCUGCAAAGAAGCCAGAGCCCACUGUAACCUAUCAAGUGGAGGAUGAAACGUCGGAUAAAGUCAUAAUGAAAGAUUUCAUAUGGCAAGUGGCAAGGACCUGUGGAGAUGGUGAAUCUAGCAUUCCGGCGUGGAGUGGAUUCAAUGCCCUCGUCAGUACCAAGACUGUCCCCGUUACUAGGAUACGAUAUCUACCCUUCAUCAAUGCCUCACCAUCUGACUUGUCAACCAUUUUUACCACUUUGUUGAGGCUAGUGCACAUAUCUGAGGAGUUGGGGCAGCAUCACAUACUCAUUACUGCAGACCUUGCCAUCUACAGCAAGGCACAGCAGAUUCUGUGGAGCAGACCGGAACCACUGGUGGGCAAAGUAACGAUGAGGCUGGGAGGAAUGCAUCUGAUAAUGGCUUUCCUGGCCAGCAUUGGCAAGAUAUUCGGAGAUGGUGGUCUUACGAACAUCCUAACUUCAUCAGAUGUAUACGCAGCUGCCACGGUUAACCAAAUGCUCCAAGGAAAGCAGUAUGCCCGUGGAAUCAGAGGUGUCCGUCUUGCACACGAAGCACUGUCACAGAUGUUCCUCACUUCAGCUGAAUCUUUUGCCAACAAGAACGGAUUGCCAUGGCUGACCAAUGAAACCAAGCAGCUAGUACGUGAUCUUGAGCAGUCCUUCGAAUCCAAAGAUGCAAGACGCAUUAACUACGCUCGAUACACCCCUGUGUACAUCGCAGAGAUGAAGCAACUAGAAGAGAGGGAACCAUAA